CAAUAUUCUAGUUGUUUUCCAGACCUAUGCAGUGGAUGUAGAGGUGAAAGAUGAGUCCAACAUCUCCUGUCUGUAUGCAAAAUGGAUGGUGAAACUUUCAGUAACAUACGAAGGAAUUGAUGACUACAAAACAUCCACUUUUAUGCUCCCCGAUGAUGUGAGCUACGUUGGAAGCUCUUGUGGCAAUCAGACCACUGGACCUGUCCUUUCAAUUGAGUUUGGGAAAGGAAAUUCUUGGACCAUCCACUUCACAAAAAUAAAAGACACCUAUCAAGGUGUCAUCACCUUUACCUAUAACACCAAAGAUGCAGUGUUGUUUCCGGACGCUAAAAAGAAAGAUCCUGUUACUGUUUCUGCAAAUUAUCCUGCAAAUCCUAUUAAGCUAAAUACAGUAUUUAGUUGUAGCAGUGAAGACACUGUGAAAAGUGGUAACGUUACCCUGACUUUCCAGAAUGUCACUCUGCAAGCUUUCCUUCAAGGCGGGAGCCUGAGUAGCCAAAAGACACUAUGUGAUAAUGACGCUACGAUGCCCACCAUCUCUACUGUUGAUCUGGUCACCAAAUCUCUCUUGGUCUCCCCUGCUGGCACCUCAGUGACUACAGAGUUAAAUGCCACAGAAAAUUCCUCAUCGCCUUUACCUUCCAUCCCACCAGAGGAGAAACCUGGCACAGGGAGUUAUAAUGUCAAAUCUGGAGCAGUUACCUGCCUUUUAGCAAGCUUGGGCUUGCAGCUGAACAUCACUCAACAGGUUCCUCUGAUUAUUAACUUUAAUCCAAACACCACACUGGCCAGUGGUCACUGUGGUCAGACAACUGCUGUUCUUCAGUUGAUUGAUGGCAACCAUAAGGUUGAUUUUCUCUUUGCUGUGAAGAAUUCAACAUCAGAAAAGUUCUAUCUGAAAGGGUUGGACAUUGCUGUAGUUCAAUCAACCAAUGCCACGCUUUUGGCCACAAAUCACACACUCGAUAACUGGGAAACCACCAUGGGGAAUUCAUACUUGUGCCGAAAAGAAGAAUCGAUUGUUGUGAUCCCUGGCUAUAGAGUAAACAUCUUUGACUUAAAGAUCCAGCCAUUUGGAGUUGAUGACGGGCAGUUUUCAGCAGCGCAAGAAUGUUUGCUGGAUGAUGACACUGUUCUAAUCCCCAUUUUAGUUGGAGCUGCCCUUGCGGGCUUAAUUGUCGUAAUAGUGACUACUUACUUAAUUGGCCGAAGAAAAACUUACGCUGGCUACCAAACCCUGUAGGUCUGGUGUGACUGUUCUUCAACAUUGGUUGGGAUAAAAGCAGGUGCACAUUCCUCACAUGGAACCCAACUGUUUAAAACGUGUGAUUCGCUACUCAAAAACGGGGAGAUCCCUCUCUGCUCCAGUCAAACACGGUCAACAAUAUAUCUCGUCUAAUUGUAAUAAGGACUUUACAAACUGCAUUGGAACUCUAGGAAUGGUGAAAAUGGGUCUGAAAUUAAACUUUAGUUUGAAAUAUUGUCAUGUAGAGAUGUACCAGUGAAUAGGUAACUCUUCAGAAGAGGGUUUGGUUUUACUCUGGCUCAACUUAGGGUGCUGAAGCAAUAGGGGUGGCAAAUAGGGGAUUUGCUUCCACUGUCUUGUGUACAAAGUUAAUGGUAACCUGGCUGCCAUGACAACUGUAACCUGGGAAUCCAGGCUUACCUGCAAGUUGUUUCAGUAGCAUUCUUUCAGCUCAUGGCACUGAACAAAUCUGUUGGGUUAACUACUUCAGCCUGAGUAACUUUUUCCCCCCCACCAAUUUGGUAGCAGUUACUGAUUCUGAAACUCAUUGAUUGCCUUUACUCUUUGUUACUUUGUGGCUUAAAAUAACACAAAACAGCAUUUUCAGAUAUUGGGGAGUGGGUUUUCCUGUCUUCUCUCUACAAGGAGAGAAGAUUUAAUUGCUUGCCCUCUUUUGAAAAAAAUAAAAUUAAAGGUAAUAAGCACAUGGUUAUUUUAAGUGUCCUUAGUUUGUGUAGCAGAUGUCCAAGGAUUUAAAUUCCUCUCUAGCUGAAGGUCUUACUAUACUAACUGGGUGCAAAUAGAUGAAAGGCAUUGUUAAAAGUCCAGUUUGCACAUUUGUGAUUGCAGCCACGUGUAAAUGGGGCUGGGGAUCCUUAGACUCAGAAAGUUGUUCCUUGAAGUGCCUGUAAAAUUUUAGGGCAUAAAUCCCCAUUGUAAGCCUUAUUAGCAAAACAACAACUGUGCAAAGAGCUACUGUUUAGGGUCUCCUUUGUUCUGAUAAGAAUGCAAACGGCUCUGAAAAGCUAUACUGAUCAAAACUAUAGGAGUGAGCUCUUCUGCCAGUCAAACUACUUUCAGAACUAAAUCUUCUGUACUUCAGUUUACUAAACCCCCUAGUUUACAAACAAUGGGUUUAUCCUUAAGUUAAUGGCAGUCCUAUAAUAAUGCCUAUCCUAAAAAUUCUAAAGAGAAUAAGGUGAUAGUCCUUCACUUAAUAUCUUCCAUUCCUCCUCAAUAUGCAACUGUAAUUAAGGUAACUUAAUCACUCUUGCACUACUGUCUUAGUUGAUUCAACAACUCUGUGUGCGUGUGUGUGUUAACAAGUGCCAGUUAGUGUGUUUGUCAAGUCUUUAUUUAUAUGCCACAGUGGGUAUUACAAAGACCAAACCAAGCGUGCACUUUCACUUGAAAGUAUAUAAAUGCCUCUCUUUGAUUUGCACCACCAGCUCUUCUGUUUAAAACCUGAACAAUAGAGUAACUGGCCUGUGUCAAUACUGGUAAAUGUCUACUUUUAACUGUUGAAGCCAAUGCUGUCUUUACUAUAUUUGUACUUCUAUGUAGGAAUUUGUUUGCACAUAAUGCUUUAAUAAAAACUAUUGUGUUCAU